AUGGUUAUCAGAGUUCCUAGAACAAAAAAACAGACUAACGGAGAGCAUAAUACAAGAAUUAAUGAAUUUUAUGAGGAAUUGAUUAGUAAAGCUAAGGAAAAUAUAUUUAAUUCACCGUCUUUAAGUAAUUAUUUAGAAUAUAAUAUUGUUGAUUUAGAAAUAAUCAAUGAUUUAUACAAUGUUAAAACAUUAAUAAAUUAUAUAAAAAGUUCUGAUAGUACAAAUUGUAAUGGAAAUAUAAAAGAGUGUGCAAUUGAAUGUGCAAAAAGAUAUAAUCGUCUCUAUAUUAUAUGCAAAGACAAGUAUAACCCUGAUUUAUAUGAUGAAUUAGAAAAUAUUAGAAAUGAACUUUAUUUUCAUAAUAUAAUUAAUGAAUAUCAUUUAAGUCUACCCGAAAUGUUAUCUUAUUUGGAAAGACAAAACAUAAUAGUUCCUAUUUUAAUUCCUAUUGUUAUAACUUUAUUAUUCACACCACAUGGCACAUACUUGCAAUAUGCUGUAAAAAGUAUAAGAAAUAAAUUUAAAAAUACAUAUAAAGUAUUGGAUACAAAGCAUUCAUAUGAAAAUUAUGACAACAACUCAUGGAAAAGGGGAUAUAAUGUAUUAUAUAAUUCUGCUUAG